CCAGUCUCCAGCACCGCACGCCGUGUGCUUAUGCUGGAUACUCCACUGCGGUUCCGUUAAAUCUGUUGAACGCACGUUUGAGAAAUACGCCGGUCGGUCUUUUAAACGCUUCGGAACCGUUUUGCAGCCGCUGCCUUUGAGGGUCGGCUGUGGAUUGACUUCAUGCCUCCUUUAAAAGCCCUCCUCGGGUUUUUAACUUCAAGAAAACACCCGAACAAUUCGGCGUAUCGCCUUUGAUUUUUUGCAGGAGAAUUAAAUGUUUAUUUUUUGCCAGCGGCGGAGCGUGAGAUCUUGCCGGUUUGCGGACGAUGCUCAGCGUUUUUGUAUAGCUAAAGCACCUUGUCCGUUCUAGUCGGUAAAACUUUACCUCAGAAAGCACAGUGGAUAACUUGUGCGUUUCUCCGAGAUUAUUUUGUGUAUUUUUUUACCUCAGAAAGUGAUGGCGGAGCGGGGGGCACGGCUGCUCGUGUUUUUCACAAGUCUCAUCGUUCUCCGGUUCGGCGGUGCGGAUAAAGGUUCUGCCAUUCAAGAGUUCACCCCGUUCAGGUUCUCCGUUGAACCCGUGGACACGCUAGCCGUACGCGGGCUCCCCGCUGUGCUGAACUGCUCAGCCGCUAGCGCCGCUCCCGUACGGGUGGAGUGGAAGAAGGACGGGACGUUCCUGAACCUGGUGGCGGACGACCGGAAACGACAGCUAGCCGACGGCUCGUUGCUCAUCAGUACGGUGGUCCACAAUAAACACAAUAAGCCCGAUGAGGGGGUGUACCAGUGCGUGGCCAGCAUCGACAAUCUGGGUACCAUCAGCAGCCGAACCGCACGACUCACAGUGGCAGGACUUCCGCGGUUCCUCAGUCAGCCGGAGGGCGUAUCUGUGCGCAUGGGCGGCUCUGAGAUGCUGAGCUGUGAGGUGAUGGAGGAGCUCGUCCCGUUCACGCGCUGGGAGAGGGACGGUCGGCCCGUGGAACUGGAUGCCAGAGUGAUUCAGCUUCCCAGUGGAGCUCUGGUCAUCAGCAACGCCUCCCAGACCGACGCCGGACUCUACCGCUGCACAAUAGAUGCUCUGGGGCCGCCGAAAACCACAGAGGAGGCCGAACUACAGGUGUCCGCAGAUUCGGGUGUUGAGGAAAAACUAGAGACUCUCCAGGGCCCGGUUUCUGUGGCGAAGGUUGUCGGGGAGAGCGUGCUGUUGCCAUGCGUCAUGAAGGGAUACCCGGUUCCCGUGAUCCGCUGGACGUUUAACGACCGCUCGAUUGACGAAGGUCAUGAGCGUUUUACUGUGAUUGGCGGGGGAAGCCUGCAGAUCGUCAACCUGACAGAGGAGGAUGCUGGGAUAUACGUCUGCCAGGCGGACGGCGGCAACAUGACCAGUGAGAUCCAGGCGGAGCUCACGGUGCACGUUCCUCCACGGUUCGUGACGAGACCCUCCAACACUUACGCCCAGGAGUCGAUGGACAUCAUCUUUGAGUGUGACAUCACCGGGUCCCCGCCGCCCACCGUCAGAUGGAUGAAGGACGGAGACACAGUCAUUCCCAGCGACUAUUUCAGGAUAGUGAAGCAGCAUAACCUGCAGGUUUUGGGUUUAGUGAAGUCAGAUGAAGGUUUUUAUCAGUGUUUAGCGGAGAACGACGCCGGGAACGUCCAGGCCAGCGCUCAGCUCAUCAUACUGGAUUUAGACGUUGCCCUUCCUUCUACUGUCCCCUCAUUGACCGAUGCCACUACUGACCAUGUAGCGUCCAGUCCUGCCGAGCGCAGCGGUCCCGCUCCUUCUGCCCCGCGUGACGUGGUGGCGUCUCUGGUGUCCACUCGAUUCAUCAAGCUGACCUGGCGUCAACCCGCCGAACCGCACGGGGAGAACAUCACCUACUCUGUGUUCUACAGUCUGGACGGCACUAACAGGGAGCGUGUGGAGAACACCAGCGGCCCGGGAGAGAUGCAGGUCACCAUUCAGAACCUCGUCCCCGACACCAAGUACACGUUUCGGGUGGUCGCGUCCAACGCUAACGGCCCGGGCGAGAGUUCUGCCCCGCUUACCGUGGCCACCCAGCUGGAGGUUCAGGUACCGGGUCCGGCCCCGAAUCUGCAGGUGGUGUCAGUCGGACCCGCUUCAGUCGCUCUGAGCUGGGAGAGACCGGUCAACGGGAACGGGGACAUUCAGACAUAUAAACUCUUCUACAGUGAGAAGGGACAAGACUCGGAGCAGGACAUGGACGUCACGGGUCUGUCCUACACCAUGACGGGGCUCAAGAAGUUCACAGAGUACAGUUUCAGGGUGGUGGCGUACAACAAACACGGGCCUGGCAUCUCCACCGACGACGUCACGGUCCGAACGCUGUCUGACGUGCCGAGCGCCCCUCCGCAGAACCUUACUCUGGAGGUCCUGAACUCAACGAGCAUCAUGGUCCGCUGGCUGGCGCCCCCUCCUGGUACCCUGAACGGAGAGCUGACGGGAUAUAAACUACGCUAUCGGAAAGGACUGAGGAGAGCCGACGCUAUCGAGAUCUCGACCUCGCAGCUCCUUCAGCUCAUUGAUGGUCUGGAGAAAGGAAAGGUUUACACGGUGAGAGUGUCGGCCACCACUGUGAACGGAAGCGGACCAACGACGGAGUGGAUCGCAGCGGAAACCUUCGAGAACGACCUCGACGAGUCUCAGGUACCAGGAGUCCCCAGUUCUCUUCAUGUUCGUCCUCUCGUGAACCGAAUCGUGGUGACUUGGACUCCUCCAGAAAACCAGGAUAUUUUAGUCCGAGGUUAUAAGAUCGGAUACGGGAUCGGAAGCCCUCAUGCCCACACGGUUAAUCUGGAUUACAAGCAGCGUUUCUACAGCAUCGAUAACCUCGAUCCCAGUUCCCAUUACGUCAUCACUCUCAAGGCGUUCAACAACAUGGGCGAAGGCGUACCCAUCUACAACAGCGCCACAACUAGACCUCAGUCCGCCCCCGACCCCACACCCAUGCUGCCCCCGGUGGGCGUUCAGGCCACUGUCCUCAGCCACGACACCAUCAAAGUCAGCUGGGCCGACAACUCGCUCGCAAAGAACCAGAAGAUCACCGAUUCCAGAUAUUACUCCAUCCGCUGGAAGACCAACAUCCCCGCCAACACCAAAUAUAAGACGGCAAACACCACGUCUCUGUUCCACACGGUGACGGCUCUGAAACCCAACACGCUGUACGAGUUCUCCGUGAUGGUGACCAAGAGCCGGCGGAGCAGCACGUGGAGUAUGACGGCCCACGGGACCACCGCCGAGACCCUUCCCGCUUCUGCUCCAAAAGAUGUGACCGUGAUCAGUAAAGAGGGAAAUCCACGAAUGAUCAACAUCAACUGGCAGCCUCCAACUGAAGCCAACGGCAAAAUCACAGGGUACAUCAUCUACUACAGCACCGAUGUGAACGCUGAGGUUCACGACUGGGUCGUGGAGCCUGUGGUGGGGAACCGACUGACCCAUCAGAUUCAGGGUCUCACACUGGACACUGCGUACUACUUUAAGAUCCAGGCCAGAAACUCCAAAGGCAUGGGACCCAUGUCGGACGCGGUGCACUUCCGCACCCCGAAAGCUGAACCAUCGGACAAAAUGUCAAGUGAUCAAGGGCUGCAAGUCAAACCUGGUCACCCGACCCUGCCGGAGCACGGGAUCGGAUCCAAUAUGGAUAAGCCAGGCAUCACGGGCAGCCGAGAGAAUCAUAUCCUGGUGAUCGUGGUCAUCGUGUCUGUGGGAGCGUUCACCAUCAUCGCUGUGGUCGUGGGAGCCGUCCUGUGCACGCGCCGGUCCAACUCCCAUCAGAAAAAGAAACGUGCCGCCUGUAAGUCCAACACCGGCUCACACAAGUACAAGAGCUCAUCUAAAGACCUGAAGCCUCCCGAUCUCUGGAUCCACCACGAGCGCCUGGAGCUCAAACCCAUCGACAAAUCCCCCGAUCCCAACCCGGUCAUGACGGAGACGCCCAUCCCUCGCGCCGCCCAGGACCCGGUGGAGCCCAGCCAUCAGAUUCAGGAGCUGGAGGAGAGUGUGUCCACUCGCAGAGGAGUCAGACCCAAAAUCAUGAUGCCCUUCGACUCUCAGCCUCCCCAGCCUGUGAUUAGUGCUCACCCCAUUCAUUCCCUUGAUCAUCUUCAUCAUCAUCAUCAUCACUAUCACCUCCCGCCGCGCGGUUACCUUCAUCACCAGAUCAGCCUGAGAGCGCCCGCCUCCCCAAACACACACUUACACAGGUCCCCGUCUGCAGAGUCUGUGAGGAACCAGCCGGCCGCACCUGAACCUCCGGUUGCCCCCAGUCAGCCCAUCACCUCAGCUGAGCUCCAGAAGACCGAGGCAUUGAUCAAAGAGGAAGAUCCGCCCAGUAUAAACCCCCCAGCGGCCCACAUCCGGCCCACACACCCGCUCAAGAGCUUCGCUGUGCCAGCGCUCACAGUUUCUGCCCAUAACCCGCCCACCUAUGAGACGGCCUUACCCAGCACCCCCCUGCUGGCUCAGCCAGCACCCGGCGUGAAAACUGCGUCCAUCGGGACACUAAAUCGAGCUCGAGCUCCAAUGCCAGUAACAGUCCCGAAUGCUCCUGACCAAUCAGAAACCAGCAAGAUGCUGGACAUGACGUAUGAGACCGACGAGCUCUCGGAAGAAAUGGCCCACCUGGAGGGUUUGAUGAAGGAUCUGAACGCCAUCACUACAGGCUGAAGAGCUUCAACACACACGGCCGAACCUCGUCCUCAGGAACAACCAGGACAUCUCCGCUUCAUCAUCAUCGUCUCCAUCCUGAUCCUGCAUGGAUAUCGCCAGAGAAAUCUAGAAAAUGAUGAGCCGUUCUGCACAGAAAACAUACUUUUAAUGUUUUAUUGUUUAAGUGGAUUUUAUUUACGUAUUCCAUAUUUUUAGCCUGUUUAUGUUUGUUUUCAUUGUGUAUACAGCCAUUUUAGGAUUUUUUUAAGGUCAAACCAUUCAUGAAAUGCGAGCAGAAUGAUCCGUAAACUAUUCCGAUCACUUUCAAAUCAAUGCAACAAUUUACACAAUGAUUUAAACAUGCUCGUUUGUAAUCAGAAAACCAUUCUUGCAUCAAGUGUCUAUAACACCAUGUUAGUUGUUGCAGUUGAAUUGAAUUCAGCAGUUAUCCAGAUGGUUAUUUUUGUUAGCUCAUGUUUUAAAUGCUUCAUUUCUGGAAGGUCUCAGUGACUCAUCAAAGUCUGCAUUUUCCACUUCUCUCUUUAUGCUCUGAAUGACCAUCUCAGCUCAGUCUGAAUCCAGUGAUGUUUUGGUGCUUCGGAAACUCGUGAGACGCUCCUCUUCCUCAGGACCUCGGGGAGAUUCAUCAUGAAGGAGUUUAAUGCCAAGUGACUCUCAGAUUUUUGUACUUUGAGAGGUAUAUAUAUAUAUAUAUAGAUAUACAAUGAACUGCAAAUGUUUGCUUACAUGAAUACUUUGUACACUCUCAAAAAGGACAAUUUUUAUAUAUAUUCAUGUUUUGGUUGGUUUUUAUAUGAAAAAAAGACACAUUGCUUUGUAAACAUUUUCCAUGUAAGUUAUGCGUUGUGUUUUCACCGUGCCGUUUAGCCGACCCCUUCUCCCAAAGAAUGAGCGGAAGAAAACAUCAGCGACGAACUCUGCCUUGCUCGUGUACAUUUUCUCGCGUCAUGAAUGUCAAUUGUCAAUGUAACAAGGUCUGCUUAUGAAUUAAGUUGUUGUUUGUGUUUACAAUAACGGGGGAAGAUUUAAAAAAAAGAAGAAGACACCGAACCAUGUGGUGUGGCCGGUGUAGGCUACUACCGUCAACUGUCAUUUGCACUUUUUAUAUUUUGGAUUUGAAAUGAAUCGCUGAUGCCAUGUGAAACAUGAACCUAUUUUAUGUAACGAUGAUGUCGCAAGUAAACAGCUGGUUUCAAAGACA